UUUUUUGAGCAUCAUCGUGUUGUUGCUGUUGCGAAGUUUUCGAGGAGCCAACUACCACCACAACUAGGAGCUCUCGUCUGUCCUGAUGGGUGGAGUCGCUACCAAGACUCAUGCUACUACAUAGAAACGGCUAAAAUGAGCUACGGUCAAGCCGAAAGAGCUUGCAGUGAGAAGGGAGCAACGCUUUUUGUCGCAGACUCCGUCGAGGAAUUCGUAAGUCGUUGGUUCUGGAUUGGUCUUGGACAAGGAGAAGGUGAUUCAUAUCCUCAAUGGCAAGUCGCUGGUGAUUCCAGGAAAUGGCUGAUCCUUCCGUUCUCUUCCAGUUCCAAUGGAUGGUCUUCUGCUGCGACUUGUGUUGGCCACUACAAUGGUGGCACCUACAACUACCUUUAUUUCUAUCCUUGUUCAUCGCUAUUCUACUCAGUUUGCGAGAAAAACUCAACUCUGAUUGGUAAUCGAAUAAAUGCGAUGAAUUGA